AUGGCUCGACAACAGGGCAAAAGAUUCUACUGCGCCUGGAUUGGUUGCACCAAAAGCUACACGACAAAGGCCAGCCUCGCAGAGCACACGAGGAAGCACACUGGCGAACUGCUUCGUUGCCCCGAAAUCGGUUGCAAGUGGCGUGGGUCGAUCACAGCCAAGACCCUCAGCGACCACAGGAAAACGGCACACCAAACACUGGAAACGAACGCGUUAGUGUGCCAAUGGAGAGGCUGUCGUCACAAAAGCCUCCCCAAGAAUAUGAGGCGGCACGAGAACAAGUGCCGUCUCAAGCCACUAAGUUGGGGUCUAGUUCUCCAAAAGGACCUUCCCGCUGGCGUCCGGGUAAAUGAGUUCCAGUUCGACGCCGGCUUGAUCGACAUCGAGCCUCAGCAAAUUGCUGACCCGUUGCCGGACGCCAGCAAUACCGGCAUUAACACUGUGGCCAUGGCCAUACAGACACCGCCUGAGCAACAGGUGCUACAGGCCGUCCUCAGAGACGGGGUCGUCAACACCAUGGAGUCCAACUUGGACUCAACCGACCCUAGCUCUACAGGGCUCUUGAGGUUGGACUUGGGACCAAUGAGCAUCAGUUCCGAAUGGUCCAGCAGCGACAGAUCCUUCGGAGACUAUUUCAACAGAGUGAUCGCUCAAGAGCCCCUAUUCUACACCAUCUAA